UUACUCUUUUUUUUCACAGUCUUCGUACAUUUCUGUAGAAUGCUUCUCUCUAUUUCUCUGUGUGACGGUAAAGAGGCGUGAACUAAUCCAUCUGUCAUCAUAUAGGAAGUAGAGGGGUUCGUCAGAAGAACUGUAGUUCAGAGAUCAUCGUCAGGACAGAAUGGAGCACACCUUGCUCUGUGUGUUACUCUUGCUGAAUACACACAUCAUCUCUGGACACUCUGAAGAUGAUGAUGCUCUGCCCAGAGCCUCAGUGAGUGUCUCUCCACAGGGUCUCCUCUACUCUGGAGAGACAGUCAGUCUGCAGUGUGACAUACCAGGCUACACAGACUGGACGUACUACUGGUUCAGAGACAACCAACACCUUCCCAGUCAGACCAGUAAAGGUAUCAUAUUCAACAUCCCCAUCACUCUGACUGGUCAGACUGGUCAGACUGGUCAGUAUAGAUGUGAGGGGCUGAGGACAGAUCGGCCCCAGAGGUCACUACCCAGUGAUGACGUCACCAUCAGUGUCACUGCUCUGCCCAAAGCUACACUAACUGUAGAACCAAACCCUGUGUUCCCUGGAGAGACAGUUACUUUUAUGUGUUCAGUAGGGUCUUACAGUAGCUGGAGCUAUAAGUGGUACGAAGACAGGAAUGAUAAUGUAGUGUCCCAGUCUGGUUACAGUAACAUUAGAGUCUCUCACAUCAGUAAAGCUGCUGAGUCUGACCAGGGUCAGUACUGGUGUGAAGGGAACAGAGUGUCUAGACCCACAUCUUCACAACCAAGUGAUCCUGUCACUCUCACUGUAAAACCUCUGCCCACGGCCUCAGUGAAGAUCGUCACUCCACAGGGUCUCCUCUACCCUGGAGAGACAGUCACUCUGCAGUGUGACAUAUCAGACUACACAGACUGGACGUACCGCUGGUUCAGAUACAGUGAAGAGCUUCCCAUUCAGACCAGAAAAACCAUCAUCUCUCUCUCUGACCAGGCUGGUCAGUACCAGUGUGUUGGGACGAGGAGAGGUCGGCCCCAGAAGUCAGAUCACAGCUCAGCUCUCCCCAUCAUCAUCACUGCUCUUCCCAAAACUACUCUGACUGUAAAGCCAAACCCUGCAUACACUGGAGAGACAGUCACUCUGACGUGUUCAGUAGGGUCUUACAGUAGCUGGAGCUAUAAGUGGUACAAAGACAGGAAUGAUAAUGUAGUAUCCCAGUCUGGUUACAGUAACAUUGGAGUCUCUCACACGAUCAGUAGAGCUGCUGAGUCUGACCAGGGUCAGUACAGGUGUGAAGGGAACAGAGUGUCUAGACCCACAUCUUCACAACCAAGUGAUCCUGUCACUCUCACUGUAAAAGCUCUGCCCACGGCCUCAGUGAAGAUCGUCACUCCACAGGGUCUCCUCUACCCUGGAGAGACAGUCACUCUGCAGUGUGACAUAUCAGACUACACAGACUGGACGUACCGCUGGUUCAGAUACAGUGAAGAGCUUCCCAUUCAGACCAGAAAAACCAUCAUCUCUCUCUCUGACCAGGCUGGUCAGUACCAGUGUGUUGGGACGAGGAGAGGUCGGCCCCAGAAGUCAGAUCACAGCUCAGCUCUCCCCAUCAUCAUCACUGCUCUUCCCAAAACUACUCUGACUGUAAAGCCAAACCCUGCAUACACUGGAGAGACAGUCACUCUGACGUGUUCAGUAGGGUCUUACAGUAGCUGGAGCUAUAAGUGGUACAAAGACAGGAAUUAUAAUGUAGUGUCCCAGUCUGUCAAAUACACUAUAACAGGAGACACCCUCACCAUCAGGAGAGCUGCUGAGUCUGACCAGGGUCAGUACUGGUGUGAAGGGAACAGAGUGUCUAGACCCACAUCUUCACAACCAAGUGAUCCUGUCACUCUCACUGUAAAAGCUCUUCCCAAAUCUACUCUGACUGUAAAGCCAAGCCCUGCAUACACUAGAGAGAAAGUCACUCUGAUGUGUUCAACGCGGUCUGACAGUAGCUGGAACUAUCAGUGGUACAAAGACAGGAAUUAUAAUGUAGUGUCCCAGUCUGACAGACAUACUAUAACAGGAGACACCCUCACCAUCAGGAGAGCUGCUGAGUCUGACCAGGGUCGGUACUGGUGUGAAGGGAACAGAGUGUCUAGACCCACAUCUUCACAACCAAGUGAUCCUGUCACUCUCUCUGUAAAAGCUCUUCCCAAAUCUACUCUGACUGUAAAGCCAAACACUGCAUACACUGGAGAGACAGUUACUCUGAUGUGUUCAACGCGGUCUGACAGUAUCUGGAACUAUCAGUGGUACAAAGACAGGAAUUAUAAUGUAGUGUCCCAGUCUGUCAGACACACUAUAACAGGAGACACCCUCACCAUCAGGAGAGCUGCUGAGUCUGACCAGGGUCGGUACUGGUGUGAAGGGAACAGAGUGUCUAGACCCACAUCUUCACAACCAAGUGAUCCUGUCUCUCUCACUGUAAAAGAUUAUCAGCCAAAGACCACACUGACUUCAGACAAAGAGAACAUAUUCACAGGAGACAGUGUGACACUGAGCUGUACUGUAGAGUCUCCUGGAUGGAAGUUUUACUGGUACAGACACAGACCAGACUCUACACCAGUAACCACAACCUCUGGAUACUCCUACACACUCAGCAGGCUCAAUGUCUCUGAUGGAGGACAGUACUGGUGCAGAGCUGGGAGAGGAGACCCAGUCUACUACACCCUGUACAGUGACCCAGUCCAGAUAAACAUUACUGAGAGACCUGUUGCUGUUCUGAUCCUCCAACCCAACUGGACCCAGAUAUUCAGAGGAGAGACUGUUACUAUGAGAUGUGACAUACAGGGAGGAGGAGACACUGACUGGGACUACAGAUGGUAUAAGAAUAGUCAGUUAUUCAGCCCCUUUAACACAAAGCCUGAGUACAGAAUCAGUCCUGUCUACAGGUCUAACAGUGAUUCAUAUACCUGUGUGGGUGUAAAGGGAAACAAGUUCUCCAAGACCAGUGAGGCUGUAAAACUGACCGUGUCUGAUCAACCCCAACCUGUCCUGAGUAUCUCUCCUCAGUGGCUGAACCCUGGAGACUUAGUGACUCUGAGCUGUGAAGUUGACAAGACUUCUACAGGCUGGAGGUUCUCCUGGUACAGGACUGUUCCCUACAGAGCUGGGUUACCCUCCCUAUCAGACAAGUCUUACUCUCUACAGCCCAUAUCUGACAAUGUGACUAGUGAAGACUCCUACACUCUGAUCCCUGCUGGUGCUACUCCCACAGGAGGAUAUGUGUGUAGAGCUGGGAGAGGAGACCCAGUCUAUCAUACACUCUACAGUCAACCUCAGUUUCUCUGGUCAGGAGAUCUGCAGCCUUCAGUGUCUCUUACAGUAAAUCCCAACAGAACUCAACACUUUACAUCAAUGUCUCUCUCACUGAGCUGUGAGGAGAAGGGGAACUCUACUGGAUGGAGACUGAAGAGAUACACAGAGACAGCAUGGCCGUCACAGUGUCCAUCUACCUGGAGAUCAGUAACAGAAUCCACCUGCACCAUCACAUCAUUGGACACAUGGUACAGUGGAGUGUUCUGGUGUGAGUCUGGAUCAGGAGAGUACAGUAAUGCUGUCAACAUCACAGUAAAUGAUGGUGAUGUGAUCCUGGAGAGUCCUGUCCAUCCCGUGACUGAAGGAGACUCUGUGACUCUGACCUGUACAUUUAGAUAUCAGGAAACAAAUCCUAACCCCAAGACUGAUUUCUACAAAGAUGGAAUACUCAUCAAGAAUGAGACCACAGGAGAGAUGACCAUCCCUACAGUAUCCAAGUCAGAUGAAGGAUUCUAUAAGUGUAAAUCUGGUGAAGGAGAAUCACCAGAGAGCUGGGUGACAGUGAGAGUCUCUCCAGUCGUAUCUCCUGGAUCCUCUACAUCAGUCCUAGUAGGAGUGGUUGUGGGUCUGGUUGUUGCUGGUGUUCUACUGGUCAUUCUCCUGGUCCUGCUGUGGAGAUAUCAAAACAGAAAAGGUUCCUGUUUCAACAGAAUAUUCUGGCCCCCUCAGCCCCAGAGAACCAACCAGGACCCCCAACAAGACCAAGGAUAUGUGUAUACCCUUCAGCAGCAUCGUGACACUAACAUCUACGAUACGAUCAAUCCCUCAGACAACAAUGAUAAUGAUGCUUCUGCUGCUGGACCAAGUCAUGUGACUUACGCCCAGAUUCAACUGAAAAAGUUGGACAAGAAAAAGAAAGCUGACUCAACUCUAGCUGAUCCAGCUAAAAAUCCAGUCUACUCUGUGGUGAAAACAGGGAAAGCCACAGCAGCAGCUGGACCUGUUGAUGUGACCUAUGCUGAGGUGGACCUCAAAAACAAGGCCAAAGCCAAGAAGAAGAGAGGUAAUAUUGUUGAAUAG